AUGAAAAACAAAACUAAAGUAGACAAGAAACCACUAUGUUUGAAGUUUGUUCUUAAGAAAAAACCUCUAAAGAUGCGUUGUGCUUCAUUUUACAUACCCAAACAAAGCAAACUCAAACUCAAACCCUUAGGAGAAGAUGCUCAUUUCGUGUCUUGUGAUGAACAAACUAUUGGAGUUGCAGAUGGCGUUAGUGGAUGGGACAAAAGUGGGAUAGACUCGGGCAUAUAUGCUCGAUCUCUAAUCUUUAACUAUGCCAAUGCUAUCAACGACAAAUUAUUACCUGAAAUUAUUGAUCCGAAAACUAUCAUUAGAGAAGCUUUCUCUAAAAAUAGUAAUCUUGAAGGUUCGUCAACCAUAUGUGUUGUAACACACAACAACGGUAUGUUGAGAGGUGCGAAUAUAGGAGACAGUGGAUUCUUGGUGUUUAGAGAAGGGAAGUUAAUAUACAAAUCGCAAACUCAACAAAAGCGAUUUAACUGUCCUUUUCAAUUGGGAAACCAUAAGGGGGGUGAUGGUCCUGAAUGUGCUGUGGAAAUGGAGUUGGGUGUUAAGGAAGGAGAUGUUGUUGUGAUGGGAAGUGAUGGAUUAUUGGACAACUUAUUUAAUUGGGAAAUACAAGACAUUAUUAAGACAGAACUAAAGUUGGAUGAUCAUGAUGAUAAGUAUAAUAAUAAGUAUAAAGAUUUGGCAUUUGCAAUAGCUGAAGCUGCUUACUAUAGGUCGUUGGAUAAAUAUGGUGUGUCUCCUUAUGCCAUUGCUUCUGCAAAGGCUGGCAAAAAACAUAAAGGAGGCAAAAUUGAUGAUAUUUCUGUGUUAGUUGGUCACAUUGUCUGCAAUUGGGAUAUUUCUUCAUCAGCAUCCUCCUCCUAG